GGGCAUUUGCGGCGGUGCAGUCGUUUUCAAGAAAUUACGUCAGCUGUCAUCUUGUGCACUGUCAAACGCUAAAGACGUUUCAAAAGUUCUGAUUUUUCCGGUUUUUCAUUGAAAUUAUCACCAUGGCUGAUCCCAAAUUCGCAAAUCUACCUGGCAUUGCCUACGACCAGCCCGAUGUCUACGAGACUCCAGACGUUCCGGAGCCCGAAACUUCCGAUUACUAUGAAGAGGAAGCAGAAAAUGAGUCAAUCGAGAAGCUGAACAUAAAUACGAAAGAUUCAUUUGGAAAAUUCAAAGGCAAGUAUUUGAUUGGCAAUGUGGACUUCUCUGAUCGUUUGGGCAGAAAAGUCCGGAACGGCUACGACGCCUUUUCCUGUUAUGAGUUGGCAGCCGAAGGCGAGAAAGAAACGCCCGUGGAAAAGUGCCGACGCCUUCAAUGCGAAAUGAACGAAUUGAUGCAGGAGAUAACAACACUUCAAGCCGAUAAACAAGUCUCACAGGAGGACAAGGAGUCAUACGAAGCUGUGGCCACCAUCGUCAACACCGCGAAGAAAGUCCUGGACAGUCUGCGCUUGGAGCAAGUUAUUGGCAAGGAGGAAGUUUCCACUUCAUCAGAGAAAGAAGUGAAGAAUCUAAUCACUCAGGUCGAGGAGUUCAAGAAAAGCGGCGUCCUAACACCGAUCCCAGCCCGGCCUGCGGAUUUGGAGUAUUCCUCAAGAAUGGCCACUUUGGAGCACCGGUUGCGUGAAAUCGAAGCAACUGUCGGGGCGCAACCUGAGAAAUUAUCCCGGCUUUCAUCCUCAACGGGGACCAGUAACCUUUUGGAAGCAGUGCAGCAGCUCAGCACAAAAGCUGCUCUUUUGCAACCCAACCAAUUGGACUUGAUCGAGGCCCGUCUCAACAAUUUGGCGGCGAAAAUGGAUCAAAUUGCCGAGAAGGCGAGCGGACCAAAUCAAGACACUCAACGUGACCAGAAAAUUGUAGAACUUCACGAAAUAGCUAAGCGAACAGAGCCCAUCACCCAAGUGCUUCCGGGGAUUUUAGAAAGGAUGCAAGCACUCGAAUCUCUACAUAAAUACGCUACGAAUUUCACGAAGGUUAUAGCCGAAUUAGAAGCAACUCAAAAGGCAAUCGCGUCGGGAAUUGCGAAUAAUAAGUCUUUGCUUCAAGGCGUACAGGAAGCGUUCGCACAAAAUCUUGAGAAUGUUAACAAGGAGGUGGCUAAGUUGGAGAAGCGAAUCAGUGAGCUUUCGGCAGCGAAGAAGUGAGGAGUGGCCCCGUUCGUUAGGUGUUGGUAUCACUAUGCAACGCAACAUUAAAGAAAUUAUUUAAAUUUAUAUAAAUCCAAUGGAGAAUUAAUGUGAUUUCUAAAAAUAAAUUAUAUACAAUAUUAACCAGAA